CGCCAGCCUUAGUUCAUUACCCCUUAAGUUCUUCUUUAGUUAUGUGUCUUAUUUCUCUCAUCUAAAUCCACUAUCAGCCCCAAAUAUGGGAAUUGAAACCUUGAACGGUGCGAAUUUCUCUUCAUGGAAAGAUUCACUGAUGCUAACUCUUGGCAUGUUGGAUUUUGAUUAUGCACUGAGAGAGCCUGCCCCUCCUGCCCUCACUGAUAAAAGUACUGCUGAAGAUAAAAUAGUACAUGAGAGAUGGGAGAGGUGUAACAGAAUGGCUCUUAUGCUUAUUAAAAAUUCCAUCAGCAUAAUCAUCAGGGGAGCUAUUCCAGAUUCAUCUAAUGCUAAAACAUAUCUGGCUUCCGUGGAGGAACAAUUCAAAGCAACUUCUAAGGCACAUGCUAGUACUCUUAUUUUGAAGAUGGUGACUACAAAAUAUGACGGAAAUAGCGGCAUUCGUGAGCACAUCAUGAUGAUGAACGACAUGGCCCGCAAGCUCAAGGGAUUAGACAUGGAGAUCAGUGAAGGUUUUCUGGUGCACUUCAUAAUGACUUCUCUUCCUGCAUCUUUUGAAGCUUUCAAGGUCAACUACAACACCCAGAAGGUCAAGUGGUCGAUGAAUGAGUUGAUUGCUAUGUGCGUACAAGAAGAAGAGCGUCUGAAGCUGGACAAACCUGAUGUGGCUUACCUCAUGACCGCUAAUCCAAAGAAGAGGAAGGGCAAUGUNGGAAAGAAACCGAAGAACACUUAAGCUGGGGAAUGGAACAGAACUAGCUGUCGAAGCCGUGGGAACCUUAGAAUUAAUAAUGAAAACUGGUUUAUGUAUUAAACUUUAUGAUACCUUAUAUAUUCCUGAGAUUACUCGGAAUUUAGUAUCAGGA